AUGCGAGCCCAUGCUCCCAAAGAAGAACGGACUUCCGCCGAACCUGCCACGCAGAAGCAAGAAGAUCCCAUCGAACGGAGAAGACUUCAAAACCGCCUGUCGCAACGGAAUCAUCGUCGCAAGAUUCGGGAUCGCAUUGCAAAGCUUCAAGAGCGAGUCAUUGCCACCGAACUACGAGCGGCUGCCAGCCUGAAUGGCUGGAAUAACCCGAACCCAUCUGCCCCGCCGAUGGGGCAUGCAUUGCCUCCAUAUGAAGUCGACGGAGGCCUCACGUCACUGUCCCCUGAAACUGCCACAUCCCUCAGUCCAUCGUACCUCUUGUCUUCCGCCGCUUGCUCAUCGUGUGGGCCCAACGUGGGACCCAUGCCUGUGCUCUCGUCACAGUCAUCUUCGUCCUCGCUCUUCGACCUCACCGGAAGUGAGAUUGACUCCAGUGCAUCUUCUUCUAUAGGAAGUAGUUUCUUCUCGCCCCGUUUCAGUCCAAUGACCCCGGACUUGUCGGUGAGCAUUCCGGCGAGCUAUCCUCCAGCCGACCUCUGUUCUCCGAUGUACCCUGAGCCGUGGGCUUUCCAAGCAUCGUAUCCACCAUCAAAUAUGUACUACGUCGAAACCACCCUCCCCCAGAUCAUCCAAGCCCUCGGCCCAGGUGCCUCGCGCACCAAAGCCAUCAUCCUCCUCCCUCAAUCUAACGGCCAUCAUCUACCCGCAGGCAUGGGGCCUCCCCCACCACCAACAGGUGCGGAUCCGGAUCAAUGCCAGGGUCCCCAGGAUCAGUUGGAGGCAUGGACUGGAUGGGCGGUGGGGCCUCCCCGAUGUGUCCAGUCCAUGGUGGACAGGGCGGUGGCGGGAUGGAGAGUCAUCAACUGA